CACUGCUCCCUUCCUCUCAAAAUAAAUAGAUAAAGAAGAUUGAAAAAAAAAAACUAUCCUCCUCGUACGGAUGACAAACACCCAUUAGAUACAAUAAUUGUGUGUAGGAUUGAUGAUAGGAUUUAUCUGUACAGUUAUUUAAAUCUUUUUGUGAAUUUAAUUUCAAUGGAAGCGGGAAGGAUCCUCCAGAUCGGCAUUCCAUGGAUCACCUGGCGCUCGCCUCCUCGUCUCCCUAACUUCCCGCGCUAUAUUUGUGCUUCUUCUAUUCAGCGGGGGAGCUACAAAGGACCAAAGCCUGGCCGAGAUUGGAUUGCUGAUUGGGUAUCCAAGAACGAUGACGCCGUUCGGAGUAUGCCUAUCUACGUCGGAGGGGCCUCUUUGUUAGCCGUUCUCUUUAACCGUGCCAUCUCGGGGAUUGCUCCGGUUGCGGAUGCCAGCAGUUCACAGUCAAGGGCGGAUCUAUUGACACUUGGUUUGGCUGUGACCAACGUAUUAACUGGCUUAGUUUGGUUAUCAAUCCGACCAAAAUCCAUCACUCCGGUAGGGCCUCAAGGAGUGGAAUGCCAAGAAAUUUAUUCUCACCUUCCUGAAUCAGUUGUUUCUGAGAUACUUUGGGUGUGGGAAUCUCUUUCUGCCGUAACAUGCUGCAAGUCUCUAGUUAUUGUUUAUGACUGCCAAUGUAUUGUUCAAAUUGGCGUGGCAGCUAAAUCACUGAACAUUGAUGAACCUUUUGCUGUGGAUGCUGCUAAACUGAUGCAGGGAUCACUUUAUCAAGGUGUUUUGAAGUCUGGAGCACAGAGCUACAUGGCGAAUCUGUCUCUUUACCCUGGGAGGUCCGAGCUGCCAUUUCUGCCUUCAAAUACUCAGGCAGUGAUCUUGCAACCACUGGGAGAUAGAGGCAUUGCAGUUCUUGGUGGGGACACAAUUAGGGGUUUUACAACUUCUGACCAGACAUGGAUUUCUUAUAUUGGAGAGAAAUUGGAUGCCACGCUUGCAAAGUACAUGAGUAGCAUGCCAUCAGUGGUUCAAGAGUGAGUUUGAUCAAAUCAAGCUAUGAGCAUUCAUAUCUUGCUCUUAACAUCAGCUGCGGACUUUGUUUAAGGUUUCCCAGGCAGUGAUGUUUCUUGAAACUGAGGGCAGAAGAUGUCCGGACCGGAGCCACAAUGCUGCCAUGUAAUUGAUAAUUCAAUAUUGCUCUGGUCCUGAAACUAUUGCUAUUGAUAAUUUCUGACACUUUACGUCGAACAUUCUUGAAUAUGCAGUUGAAAAUUUCUUAUUUAAACAAAAACAUAUGCUAACCUAGUAUUCGCGUAAAAUCUACAAUGGCAUGUUUCUAGCCCUAAAGAAUAAUGUGCCGUGUAUGAAUGUUGAGUAUAUCCUCUACAUAUUUAUGUUGAUCUGACUCUUAUGUUUUUGGAA